ACGACCUUUACCCAUCCACGUCAGCAUGUACAGUGAAGCAAAGUAAACAACAUACCUCAAGCGAUCAACUCUGACAUAAAGAAUUCCCGUGUGGUACACAACCGCCAUGACCGUGUCAGUUUCAAGCACGCUCCUGUUGAACAGAUCAGCAAUGGCUCUGUCUCGACUAUGGCUACUAAUGGUGUGUGUGGCCAUAGUGUCUACUCUAGGGGCACCAUUCGAUAUCGGCAAAGACCAUCGCAAAGCAAUGGAGGACAUUAAGGAACAACUCAAGAAGUUGAAGGAUAUCCCUGGUUUGGACAAGGACGAGUAUCUCCGUUACUGGAAGGAGGCAGUAAAAGACGACCCAAGGUUUGAGCGUUUGCGUGGACUCGGUGACCUCCCACACGAUCGUAACUUGGAGAGGAUGGUGGAGGACAAUCCUCUUAUUAGCGAGCGAAUGGCCCAUGACUCGGACAAUGUACGCAGCCGAUUGGAGGAAGCAAAACGAGGCAGUAUUGAGCAAGUCAGGCAAUUGCAGCGGCUCCAGAUGCUACGUGAUGACAAAGCUCUCAAGGAUGGGGACUGGGCUAAUAGACUGGAGGCCAUUAGAGAGAAAAUGCCACCAAACUUCUCACGAGAGGACAUAGCCAAGAGGAUUCAAGAGCAAAACCAACUGCUUGAGAAGAUAGAUGCAGAGCGUCAUUCAGAGUUCAAACGUGUCGAGAUGCAGGCUGAACACCGCCGACGAGAGAUGCUUAAGACAAUGGACGAGAAGAGACGUCUACAAGCAGAGGAGGAGUUUCAGAAUCAGCAAAAGAAACUACGUUCUCACGAAAAGUUACAUCAUCCAGCGAGUGAGCAACAGCUGGAGGAUGUGUGGGAGAAGGAGGACGGGUUGGACAAGGACAACUUUGAUCCUCGUACAUUCUUUCAUCUUCAUGAUAAGAAUUCUGAUAGGCAACUCGACGCGAUGGAGUGGGAGAGCAUGUUCUAUAAUGAGAUGCGUAAGGUGUAUGGUGAUAAGAUGGGUGGUAUGGAGGCUCAAGAGGACAUGGCCAGGAUGAGGGAGCACGUGAUUAAAGAGAUGGACAAGAACGGGGAUGGGCUGAUCUCGCUUGACGAGUUCCUUACGUACACCAAGACUGCAGGGUUCAGCGAUGAUGAACCCUGGCAGUCCGUGGUGGAGGAGGAGAACUUCAACCAGGAGGAAAUGGACAAGUUUGAGGAAGACUAUGAUGAUUACUAUGACUACGAGUACGAUGAGCACGGCAAUCUGAUUGGCUACAAGACAAAGCCGAAGGGAGGACAACACGAGGAGGAAGCUCCUGAUAAAAUGCCAUCUCGAGUAGACGAGCAGGGACAGCCCCCUCACCGUGGUGACGAACAGGGACAGCCCCCUCACCCUGGCAACGAGCAGGGACAGCCCCCUCACCGUGGUGGCGAACAGGGACAGCCUCCAGCAGUAGAUGAACAGGGACAGCCCCCUCGUCUGCCUGGUAAUAAUGUACCUCAGAUUGAUGACCCUCAGGCAGUGCACUUCAAUCCCCCUGCAGCUGUUGAGAACAACGGAGGAGUGGCCCCUCAGAAUAACCAGAACCUAUAACUCUGGCACUAACUGUCGUCUCUUUAACUGUAGCUCAGUGAACAUUAAUAUCAUUAAUAUCAUAUAUAUACGCGUUUAUUCAUUUUUGCUGCAUUUUGUAAACCUAAUUUGUACACUGUUUAUACGUGUC